UGCGCGCUCGAGCUCGAAUCGUCGCGAGUCACCUCGACGUCUGUUCGCCGCUCGCCGCGCCAAGCGUUCGCGCGCGUCGCGGGCGCGUCGCGGAGCGCGCGCGCGUUUCGAGAUCCGCGUCGCGAGACUUCGCUUUCGAUCGAUCGAUCCGAAUGGCGACGAAGGUGGGCUCGCCGGAGAAUCAAGUCGCGUCCGGGCUCGCGCCACGUACCGCGCUCGGCGCGCACGACGCGAACGUCGCGGCGCCCGUCGCGCUCGCGCCGCUCUCGAUCAAGAAGGCGAGACGCUUCAGCAGCCCGACGGACAGCGUCAUGUCCCCGGCGUCGAAGUUCGUCAGCCAGAAGCAGAAGAAGGGGCAGAAGAUCCGCGCCGGGUUUAACCCGUCGCAGCUGGAGGGUAACUUCCGCGCGCUCGCGCUCGGGAAGAAGGACCGAGGCGCGAACGCCACGGGACUCGGCGCUGCGCCGCCCGCGGCCGCGAAGUCUCGGUUCGCCGCGCCGCGUGAAGGCGGGAAGUCGCCAGCGUCGUCUCCGGCGUGGAGAUGA